GUGGCUGUUGCCGUUGUGCCAUGUCUAGCUCGGCUGGCUGCUUGAGAAGCUCUGCCGUCCGGCCGGCCGCCAGCAGUGUCUGUUGCUCUGCAUCGAAUCCUGUUUCCACGCCGGCCUUUGCGCUGUGGUUUUCACGACGGCGAUGAUGCCACCGGAUCGAGGCCACCCGUCCUUCGUCGUCCUGUCGUCCUGUUCGUGCCUGCAGGGGCCAAAUCGCCCGGCCCCGGCCCCGGCCGUCUCGUUCGGCCUCGGACUACCUCUGUGCCGUGCUCUGGCCUUCGCAAACGUGCAACACCCCGAGCCGGUCCGCAACCGCCGCCACCGUCGAGGGAGAGAGAACGGGAAGCCAUGUGCUGCGGACCCGCUAACCAGCCUGUUUCUGCUCCCUGCUGCACAUGGAUGCUGCCGGCAGCAACGACUCCGGCGGUCGCAUCAUGAUAUCGGGCCGAACCGCAUCCAACUCGCCUCUAGCGUACCCUGUCUCCACACCCAACACCGCACGCAAGCUCUCUGCGCUGCCGCACGCUGCCGACCCAUCCCCAUCUGCCAAGUUUGCCUCAGUCGCCGCCAUGGCCCCGCUGCCCGAUGGCUCCGACCCAAUGGCGAUCGAGCCCAAUCACGACUCUCUCCAUCCGGCUGCCGAUGCCACCCCACCAGCGACCCUCACAAGCGCCCCACGAGCCGAAUCGCCUGUGCACAGCUAUGAGCAGAUCGACCAAGAGCCCACAGAAGCCUCCCAGGCGAUCGCGGGUGGUGAGCAGCUCGGGUCUCUCUCCAAGCCCGUCUCCUACUCGCCGGUUACCGGUGUCCCGAUCUCUGGAUCCCCGGACCUCGUCCAGCCAUACGUGUACCCUGAAGCCGAACAAAAGCUCGGUUCCAACGGUGCCGCCGAAAGUCCAAAGCACCACCCCGCUCUGGAUCCCACCAGGCUCGACCAGCCCGUCGUCCCAGCCAACGGCACCAGCAGAGGCAAUGGCAGCAAUAGCAACGUCGGCAGCAGCGCUGGCAUGGCGGCUUCCAAGUCCGCUGCCGAUUCCCCCGAGCUCAUUCACCGUAGCUCACCGGCCAAGGACGACCUCAAACCAGCCAGCGACACAUCGGACGCCGUCGCCGAGCCUGCCCUCCACGCGGCCAUCUCAUCAUAUGCGCUGGUUCCGCAGGAAGACUUUGAGGCACACGAUUUUUAUUCCCGCCAGAAGGCCCUGCACGAUAAAUCGCAAAAGCCAAAGGACCGCGAUGGGACCGAUCCCGACGUUGCGCUGCUCUCGGAGUCGACCGCCUUAGGCGGCCUCCCCAAGAGAGCCCGCAGUCCGUUCAGCUACUCCGGCCCGCCUGACUACGUCGAUCGGAUUCGGGAGGACAUUGUCGCGAUGGAGCGGUCGCUGCGGCAGCUGCAAAAAGAACGGCACGAGCUCCAAGCCAGCUAUUUGAAGUACUAUGAACAGUACUCUAGGCUCAAGAUCGAGAAUGCUCGGUACGUUGAUGCCAGCGCACGGUAUCGGGGAAUCAUCAACCAGCUGGUGCCAAUGGUCAAGCCUCAAAUCCAACACGGCGUUCAGUCAGAUAUGCAAACGAUCAAGGAGUUCUUGGAGCAGCCCCUUCCGACACCACAACCGGCAUCAUCGUCUUUCCCCUUAGCAAAUCCAUCCUCGCAGCCCAAAUCAUCAACGGCGUUGUCUGUGAAGAUCGAGACGGAUGGCAUUCGGAGUGGCGCCCCAAUCGCGACAACGCCGCCCUCCGUUCCCGAUGUCAGUCUCAAGCGCAAGUUCCCUGAAGAGACCUCGUUCCCGGUUCUUACUUCAUCAGUCUUUGAUGCAGACAUGGCCUCUCGGGCGGCCCUACGCUCGAAAAAGACCGAUGCUGGUCCGCCAAAGUUCGAUGCUGGACCGGCAGCUACAGAUCCUCGCUUCCUCGGCCACAUCCCUCCAGCUCCUGAAAUGACACCGACUCGAUUCUCGGCAUAUCCCGUUGCGUCUGUGCCCAAGUAUUCCCAACCCUUCCCCCAUGUUGGCUCACAGGCGGUGGUAUCGUCUCCCGCCAAUGAUGGCCGCGUCCCAGCAGGAGUCCCGAAAAUGCCGCCUCAGACCCAAGUUCCGCCUGGCGUGCAGCUGCCGGGCCAGCCGAUAGCGCAAGCCUCGAUCUCACCGGCGAAUCGUGGCCGAGUCGUAUCAAGCACUGGUCCGGGCAUGCCGCUUCCGGCUGUCGCUGGGGGCCCUUUUCCCGGCGCACACCGGUCCGGCGCCGCCGCCGCCGCCGUCGCUGCCAACCGACCCGAGGGCUGCCCGACCAAGGUCACGCAGAGCCUGGCUCUCCCUCACGGCGACACCGUCUGCGCCAUCGCUAUCUCGGUCAACAGCCGAUACAUCUUCACGGGCAGCAAGCUAUCGCUGAAGAUGUGGGACUACGAGCACAAGGAAGGCAAGAUCGGGAAGUGUAUCCACGCGCUGGACUGUUUCGCCGACCUGGGGCUCGGGGUUGUGCGGGCACUCAGACCAACCCGUGACGGCAAGCGACUACUUGUUGGUGGCGAAGGCUCGCACCUCGUGGUCAUCGACAUUGAAAAGGGUCUGGUGGUGACGUGCAAGCUCAAGACCCAGAACGUGGCCAUCUACAGUAUCCAAGUCAGCACGGAUAGCCGUCUGGCCUACGCGGCUUGCGGCGAUGGCAUCGUCCGUAUCUGGGACCUCUAUCAGGGCAAGAUCGGUCGCACACUGUCGGGACAUACCGAUCUCAUCACCGGCGUAGCGCUGACGCCGAUGGGCGAUCAGUUGUUUACUGCCUCGCUUGACAGAACCGUACGCGUCUGGGACAUGGACUCGGGCGAAGUCGGCAAAUGGCAUUUCGGCUCUCAAGUCUUUGCCCUGGGCAUCUCGCCUGUGCGGCCCAAUAUUGUCUGCGGCCUCGAGAACGGCGAGGUCGAGCUGGUCGAUGUCAACGACCACGACGGGCUCUCCAAGAAGGGCAACAAACACACCCAGGCGAUCCUGACGGUCAAGUACGCCCCGAACGGCGAGUGGCUGAUCACUACUGGCCAGGACUGCCGAUGGAUCAUCUGGUGUGCAAAGGAUCUGGGUGCGCUGUUUGCGCAAUCCACGGGCGGCCAGCCGAUCCUGGCGUCCGAAGUUUCGAGUUGCGGCAACUACUUUGUCAUCUCGUCCGGAGACACCAAUGCGUUCGUCUAUACUGUGAAGUACUAGAUGCGUCCCGAGGCCGUCGUGGCCCUGUCUCCGGUUUCGAGGGAGCUCAUAGUCGCUUCCCAUGCUGUAGCAGUCCUUGCUCCUGGAUAGCCGACAUUGACUCUGCCCAACGCUUGCUCCGUUCGCUUGUGCGCCCCCCCCCCUGGUUCUUGGGAUAUGCGAUGGCUGAUCUGGGCAUGUCCGUGGCCAUCCGGCAGCCUCCUCGCUUCGAGCCCGAGGAGAGUGGUAUAUAGCUGGCGCACGGCGUGUCUGUGACGUUUGCGUGUCUUGUUGCCCACAUGCUGACCGCCGGGUGAAAUACACUCUCGGGCUGCUUGAUUCUGGCGACAUGACUCGGUGCGGCAGCUUGAGC